CACAACAUCCUCUCACACAUACAACAGAGAGAUCGAUCGAGCGAAUUCAAGCCAAUGGCGACCAAGAGCCUUCUUCUCGCCGCUCUCCUUGUCCUCGCCAUCAGCCUGGCGCCACACGGUGCGGAGGCGGGCAAGCAGCCUCCACUGGGACUCAUCACCGGCGUGGUGCCAUGCAGUGCCGGGAACUCCAUCAACGCGGCUGCGGUUCCGCCAUUCCCGAACGCCGCCGUGCAGAUGGUGUGCGGCCGUGAUGUGAUGGCCAGUACGACGGCGGACCGCAGCGGAACAUACACCAUAAACAUGGGCCCGGUCACCUCGUCGCUGCUCGCCCCUCUGCUCGGCAACCAGUGCAAGGUGGUGGUGGUCACCCCACUGGCCGCGUGCAACGCGUCCCUGGCCAGCGUCACUGGGACGCUGACCGCACCGGUUCAGCUCCUAGGUAUUGACAGUGGUAGUGGCAGCGGCAGUGGCGGCCUCGGGGGCCUUGGCGGCCUAAUUGGCCUCAUCGGCCAGAUCGUGGGCGGCCUCCUCGGGGGCAUCCUUAACAUCAUCCCAUUACCCUUCUCCCUCGUCUAGAUGCUCGACUACAACCGGCGUGUCGAACGACGAUACAACGAACCUAAAUAAUACUCCUAUACUGCAGUACUUGCCAACCUACCAAUGUAUCCACUGGUCAAAGAUCCCCGCUUUAUUAUUAUGUAAAAUCUACUCAUGAGGUAUGUGUUACCGCUUCUAAGAAGCACAAAAGUAAGCAUAUCGCGUAAUACUCCGAGUGUGUGUCGUGUGAUCGAUGUUCGUUUGUGAAAAUUAAACCUACGUCUGUGAUAGUACUAUGUGAUUAAUUACUUGCUUCUUCUUUUGA